AGAAUGUCUCUUGUAGACUCUGCGUCCACCAUCACACAGGCGCAGUAACAUUCUGGACAUUGUUUCCCUCCAUGCGGUUUUAGUUAUUUUUAUUUCGCGCUUUUUAGUUUUUCAUAUGAUGGUUUAAGUUGUAGGCUAUCUAUAAAGACGCUUGCUUGCAGCACUUUGUGCUUUGCAGACAAAUAAACUAGCGGAAUAGUGUUUUGCUAUAAUACUGCAGCUGCGCGCUUUUUGCUUUGCGACUGUCUUCAGGAUUCAAACAUACUACAGCAGCUGGGAACUGGGGGAAAGUUGGGGAACUGGACAGUAUUAAAGCCAUGAGUAGCAAAAAAGAUAAUGAUAACCUCCUCAAAAUGACAAAGGAUGACCUGCAGCGCUGGAUCCAGGCAGAGGUGAACCGAAACCCUCAUCUGAUGCAGAGGCGUGAGCAACUUGCACAAGUUGAGGAGUGGGUGAUGCAGAAGGAGAAGGAUUCCACUUACACCUGUCUUCUGUACAGCAACGCUCAUGAGUCAGUCCUUGAGUGUGAGUCGGUGAUGAAGGGUCUUUAUGGAAUGCUGGGAUUGGAGUACCGAGACGAGGAUUCGGAGGAGGAAGGAGGGGGAGAACCACUUGACUUCGUUCAUAUAACAAAUGAAGAGAAGGAUAUAGAGGAAAAUAGUCUCUUUAAUGGAGAUGAUGUUGUCGUCAUUGAUCUGGGAGCUGCCAAAGAAACCUUGGAACCAAUGCUUGAAAAGGUGACGGUGGCCAUUCAGAAGUCAUCCAGACUCGUUCAGGACUUAGUCCAUAUUGUGAACAAAACCUCCUCCACAAGUGCUGUAUCACCAUCAUCAUCAUCAUCUGACUUCACCAAAAGACCCUCAUUAACCUCGACCCCUGAGACCAGCUAUUCUGAAUCUGUCACAUCAAAACUGGAAAUACCUGAAAACUCUAUUGCAAUAGUGAAGACCGAGUCUCUAUCAAGAGCACCUGAAAUGUCCUCGCUUCUCAGCAAUUCAGAACAAAACAAAUCUAUUGCCCAUCAAAGGCCAGAUCCUAAACCAACAAUUAAGACUGAACCACAACUGGAAAUGAGCAUUUCAAACCAACAUGAAACUGCUGCUAGUCUUAACUGUCCAUCCUUAAAAUUAAUUAAGACUGAACCUCAAUUGAUAGCAGUGAGUCCUUCAGAAACUCCACAAACAAUUUCCAGACCUAAUUUUGGAUCCAUAGCAACAACAAAGAGUGAGCCUCAGUUGUUGGUAAUAAAGCCAGAAAGGACUUCACCUCCAAGCAUUUCAGUACCUUUCAAAAUUCCAUCAAUUAAGACUGAACCCCAGCCGACAGCAUUAACUCCUGAAACGUCUUUGCUUGAAAGUGAUUUUGAACAGUCAAACAGCCUUAAUUCAGAUCACAAAGCAACAUUUAACACUGAGCUUACGUUGCUGGCAGUGACUUCAGAAAUCCCUUCAUUUUCAGGCGACUCAGAUCAAAUGGAAACCGCUGCCAGUGACAAUACAGCAACCAUAGAGACAAACCAGACUGAGCUUGUGUCAUUAUUGCCGAGCAAUUCUGAAGAAGCUGUUACUCUUACCAGACAUGAUUUGGAAUCCACAGAUGAGAACCAAAAGCCAAAAACAUGGAGCAAAUCUGCCAAACCCUCUGUGCCCACUUCAAGUCCAACAACUAGAUUGAGAUCUUCAAAAAACUGUGCACCUGGUACCAGCACUUCCUACCCACAAAAGGAUACAACAAGGGCGUCAUCGCCUGCAGAUAGUAUUAAUGAACCCUCUGACACAGAGGACCUGUCUGCUAGUCCUGCUGACAGUGAUUAUGAACCCCCUGAAUCACAAUCAGACUCCUCGUCAGACAGUGAUUAUGAACCUCCUAAAUCAAAAUCAGACUCAAUGAUAGACCGAGAUCAUGGACCACCUAAAUCAAAGCCAGAAUCAUUGAUAGACAGAGAUUAUGGACCACCUAAAUCAAAGCCAGAAUCAUUGAUAGACAGAGAUUACGGACCACCUAAAUCAAAGCCAGAAUCAUUGAUAGACAGAGAUUACGGACCACCUAAAUCAAAGGCAGAGUUAUCAACAGACACGACUAAUGAUUCAAGCAGCAAUAAUGCUCCUGCAGAAUCUUCCAGUCCUGAUGAAAGUUCCAAGUCUUCAUCCAGUGAGUCCUCCAAGCCUUCUCAAGAACAUAAAGAAAUCAAACUCAAAGUCGGCAUGGGAGUUUUAGGGAAAAGGCAACACAACUUGUGGUGUAAAGGAACAGUACAAGAAGUCCAAACAGCAGAGGAUGGCCUCAGAUAUAAGGUGGAGUUUAAGAGUGGUAAAGAGAUUGUGCUGCCUGCUCAUCAUGUGGCCUCUCUGAUGCCUGCCAUGCUAAAGGAUUUGUUUAUUGGCUGUCGUGUUGUGGCCAGCAGCAAAGAUGAUGAAGGAAAGGCCUCGUUUAAUGCUGCCGUGCUGGUUGAGCUUCCGGAGCGCAAGAAUCGCAUGAGGUUCUUAGUGUUUUAUGAUGAUGGCCAAGCAGCUUAUCUGUCACUUCCGGACCUUCAUCUAGUAUGCAAACAAUUGAAAAAGGUGUGGAAGGACAUUGAAGAUGAGACAGUUCAGUUGCAGGUUAAGGAAUAUCUUUGCAUCUAUCCCAACCCCAUUGCUGUAGUGCUUCGCGUGGGGCAAGACACCAAGGCGAUGCGGAAUGGCCAGUUUGAGACUUGCACGGUACUCCAGUUGGAUGGCAGCCUGAUCCAGAUCUGCUUUAAGAAAGACAAGCAGAAAGAGUGGAUUUAUAAAGGCUCAGACAAGUUGGAACACAUUGUAAAUAUCAAGGAACGUCUGGCUAAAGAUAAACCACAAACCAAAACUUUACAGGAAACACAACAUAAAUUGCAACAACCGUCUCAACAGAAAACGCAACAACCACAGCAACAGAAAGCUCAACAUUCCUUUCAACAGAAACCACAUCUGCUGUCUCAAAAGGAAACGCAACAACCACAGCAACAAAAAGUGCAACAGUUCUUUCAACAGAAACCACAUCAGCCGCCACAAAAGGAAAUGCAACAACCACAGCAACAAAAAGUGCAAUAUUCCUUUCAACAAAAACCACAUCUGCCGUCCCAAAAGGAAACGCAACAACCACAGCAACAAAAAGUGCAACAGUUCUUUCAACAGAAACCACAUCAGCCAUCUCAACAGAAAAUGCAACAGCCUGCAGCUACAACAGGAAAUGCCACACCUCGGCACAACACUACCUCCACCUUGACAGCGGUUGCUUCAGCGACUGUUACUUCAACAUCUGUCACCUCAGCAGCUGUUCGUCCUGUGCAGGCGACCCGACAAUCUGAUACAGUCACCAAAACAUCCUUUAUCAUGCCACAAAAGAUGAUGUCAGCUGCUUUCCAGCCAAAGGUCAUCCUCCAGAGGAUGGCUAUGCACACAAUAAAAUCUGCUAUAGCAAAACGUACCUCAAAUUUAAGAAGUUCAAAACGACCUGCCACUGAUGAGGAAGAAGAGUGUGUUUCUGACGAAGAAGACAAAGCAGUUUCACAGCAACACUUGCAUCAUCGCUGUUCUCCAGCUUGUCUGGAUGGGGUGAGACCGCCUCAAGUCGACAUGCACCGUGGUCAAAAUCCACUUCUUAUCCCACUGCUUUUUAAGUUUAGGCGAAUGACUGCAAGAAGGCGCAUCGAUGGAAAGGUGUUUUUCCAUAUCUUCUACCGUUCUCCAUGUGGGCGAAGCCUGUGCGACAUGCAGGAAGUGCAGGUGUACUUGUUUGAAACAUGCGGUGACUUCCUUUUUCUGGAAAUGUUCUGUAUGGACCCAUUUGUUCUUGUAAAUCGCGCCCGACCUCCUUCCACAUCAAGCAGCAAGCCUCACCUCUACCUGCCGGACAUCUCCGAUGGCAGAGAAGUGUUACCUGUGCCCUGCGUUAAUGAAGUAGACAGCACGCUUGCUCCUAACAUCAGUUACACCAAAGACAGAGUUCCAGCUCCAGGUGUUUCUAUUAAUACCAGCUCAGACUUCUUGAUUGGCUGUGACUGCACAGAUGGUUGUCUGGACAGGUCAAAGUGUGCAUGCCACCAGCUGACCAUUGAAGCCACGUCCUUGCACAGUGGUGGUCCAGUGGACGUUAGUGCUGGAUACACACAUAAGAGGUUACCAGCCACCUUGCCAACAGGGGUGUAUGAGUGUAACCCUCUGUGCCGCUGUGAUCCGAGAACAUGCAGCAACAGGCUGGUCCAGCACGGUCUGCAGCUGCGGCUGGAGCUCUUCAUGACGCAGCACAAGGGAUGGGGCAUCCGCUGCAAAGAUGAUGUAGCCAAGGGCACAUUCGUGUGUGUUUUCACUGGUAAAAUAGUAAAUGAAGACCGAAUGAAUGAGGAUGACACCGUGUCCGGCAAUGACUAUUUGGCCAACCUUGACUUCAUUGAGGGUGUGGAGAAACUGAAAGAGGGUUAUGAGAGCGAGGCGUACUGCUCGGACACAGAGGUUGAAAGCAACAAGAAGACCAUCACUAUGAAAACAGGGCCGUUGUGGAAAAACACUCUCUACCAAGAAGACUCUAGCAGUUGUGAAGAAAGAGAAGAACCUAUGGAGCUGGACAAAGAACAAGAAGAAAUGGAAGUGAGUCGCACAUCCUCGCAUGAGAAAAUACUAUGCCAUAAGCCACACAAAGCCUCUAAAGAUGCUCAGGAGAAAGUGACCAACCAAAUGAGAGAGAACGAAACCUCAGGUUCAAAGCGUUGCUUCGCCAGAAAGUCAGUCCAGGGAAGAGUAACACCACUAGUAACCACGGAGAAAACGAGGACUGCUCUAACUGGCAACAACACCCGCAGACUGUUGAACGGCGAGGAGUCCUGUUACGUCAUCGAUGCGAGACAAGAGGGCAACCUCGGCCGCUUCAUCAACCAUAGCUGCAGUCCGAAUUUGUUUGUUCAGAACAUCUUUGUCGACACACACGACCUACGGUUUCCAUGGGUGGCAUUCUUUACCAGCAAGCGCGUCAGGGCGGGGACAGAGUUGACGUGGGAUUAUAACUAUGAGGUUGGCAGUGUGGAGGGGAAGGUUCUGCUCUGCUGCUGUGGUUCUCUGCGGUGCACAGGAAGGCUGCUCUGAUAUACUGCUCUCAACAAAAAACACUAACACUUUAAUAGAGGUGUUAACCUUGUAAACAGUUUCACCAAGCCAUCAGAAACAUAGCUGUGUCUCUGCUCUGAAAGAGCAUUCCAAUCAUGACCCCUGGAACAUGAAAAGAAGAAUAAAAUAUAUUCAAGUUUGUGUUGUUGCUUUUAAUGUGUUGUUUGUUUUAUUGUUAUUAACCUCUACAAGUAUUGUUAAUCGCUACUUAUACGAUGUAAAUAAAAUUAGCAAAUAUCAAAAAUGA